AUGCUUAUGGCCAGUUGGGCACGCGCUUGCCCACUAGAGGGACGAGAUUUCUCCGGUUGUACAUGUGAUUAUGACCUCGAGUACAUGCAUGCUAUAACUGGCGCUAGAUCAGGUGAAGACAGACAAGUCGCCCUUGGAAGCAGUUGGCCAAUGACUGGAAAUAAAUCUCUCAGUAGCAAUAUUAUGUUGUCUGAAUUUAAGCAGAUGUAUGAUGGCGAACAGUUAUUCUUUGGCUGUAGACGGCUCCAUUGGCAACUGGUUUUUGACGUGAAACCCCGCUGUGGCAUCUGUAUGUACUUUUCUUGGUCUUCGGUGAGUCCUGGUAGCAGGUGCAGCCUGGACUGCCGCGAUUUCACCUACCUUUUUUUUGACCUGGGCGCUAAGUCCGCUGGGGGCGACUUGGUUGGCCAUGACUCGGUCUUUUCUGUAUAG